ACACCCUGCAGGCAUGACACCGGAUUCCAUGUGUCUUUUCUAUACUGCGGUACCACCCUCCAAGACCUGAAAGAAGCUUGUAGGGAGCUCGAUCUGUGAGUGGAUGAUGACGUCGAUAAUUCCGCACUCCAUUUAAUCACUGAUGGAGACCACUAUUGCUCUCGACAACACCUCAAUUGAGGCCAAUACCGUACAGCUGUUCCUGCACGGGCCGCGCGGUGCAGGCACGACGGCCGUAUACGAGGUCGAGAUGCUUCAGUCAGGGGGGAUCUGACGCCAAAUGUGACAAAAGUCUUCCCCAUUGAUAAAGUCAUCCUGCACCUGACCCUGGAUGCUGUGCAGGGUGCAUGCAUACUCAUCUCAGCUUUGGCGAGCCCACAAGCCAACUUGCACGCGCUAUCUCGAAACGCGCCCAGAGUCUGACCCAAGGGAUGAGUUCAGUAGCUCUCCACAACACCAACGAGAACCCACAGCGGCCCGUGUCUCGAGGUGUCAAAGCACUUCGAGGUCCAUACGAGUAUCUCGGACUGGAACGCUGCAAAUGGCGGUCAACAGAGUCAGUGCUCGGACUCGCCAGUGUUUCCGGAAAUUCUGUUGUUUCUGGAAUGCCGUUUGUCGGCCAGAACGAACACUCGGACAGCUGACACCAUGAGGUUUCCGCUACUAACAGAAGACAUUGGAGCUUCAUGCGGUUCGCAUGCGCAAAGAGCUUGCGUAGCGGCAUCGACUAUAUGCGAGCUACAAACAGCUGGUCCUUUUUCUUGUGCGGAGGCAUGAAUGCAGGCUGCAUCCACCUUUCUGCUUGGACGAGGUGUGGUAUUUCUUUCUUGCAUCCAGUAUGAUGGCGAUGCGUGGUGGGUUCUGGCCUUCGCAAAAAGACCGUGAAUGGGUAUCCCAAUUCCCAAGAACAAGGGCCCAGGUGGUCCAGCCCCACGGCAGGUCGAGAUUUACUAUGAGGCAUUUUUCGAAAGCCAAUCACAGGCUCCAGAAAAUCUAAGCCUAAUGCAACGCU